GCUGCGCCGGCCGCGUCCCUGCGGGGCUGGGAGGGCUCGGGGAGCCGGCCCUGUCGGCCUGCGCGCGCCGGGGGCGGCCGGGCCCGCGCGCCCCGGAGCUGCUGCGCCCCAGGAGCUGGGCCUGGCCCUCGUCCCGCCCCCGCCCCGGCGUCCCUUCCCUUCGGGCCCCGGAGGUCCUCCGCCGCAGCGCCCACGGCCGCUCGGAAGCCCCGUUCCAAGUGUCCGGAGAGUAACCGGAAGUGCCGGCCCAGGCCGCGGGGCGGCGCCGGCGGCUGCUGGAAUGAUUUCUCAGGGCCAGGAAGUGAAGACUGCUUUUUAUCCAUCUUAAGUUCUGGGAUUGGCAGUACCAAAUAAGGAAUUAAUGUAUAUGAUGCUCGAAACCUCUGGAGACAGACUGCUCAUGACUGGAAGGUCUAUAAUAGAUGUCUCCUUCAAGUUUUGCAUCAAGAAAAUGACUUUGAAGAGAACGAUGGGUCAGGAAGACCAGUGGGAAACUCCCUAGGAGAGAGCCCUAGAAAAUGUACGCUUCCAAAGAAAGGUAUAAUCGGAGAACUCAGAAAAAGAAAAUCUAUCAUGUGUGCCCUCAGAAGGGUAAAAAGAUUUUUAUUCAUGUACACGAGAUUACUCAAAUAGAUGAUCAGAUAUACCAGUGCCUUGAACGUGAGCAAGACCUCUGUGAAAACUUAGCUCUUAUUAUGUGCGAACGAGCCCACGCUGGGGAGAAAGCUUAUCGAUGUGAUAUGUGUGAGAAGACCUUUCCCCAAAGCGCAGAUCUCGUGUCGCAUCAGAGGCUCCACGGCUAUGAGAAACCUUAUAAGUGCAGCAAAUGCGAGAAGAGCUUCUGGCACCACUUGGCCCUUUCCGGGCACCAGAGAACACACGCAGGGAAGAAGUACUACACGUGUGACAUCUGCGGCAAGAACUUCGGCCAGAGCUCGGACCUGCUGGUGCACCAGCGGAGCCACACGGGCGAGAAGCCGUAUCUGUGCAGCGAGUGCGACAAGUGCUUCAGUCGCAGCACCAACCUCAUCCGGCACCGGCGGACGCACACGGGAGAGAAGCCGUUUAAGUGUCUGGAGUGCGAGAAAGCGUUCAGCGGGAAGUCGGACCUCAUCAGCCACCAGAGGACUCACACCGGCGAGAGGCCCUACAAGUGCACCAAGUGUGACAAGAGCUACCGGCACCGCUCCGCCUUCAUCGUGCACAAGAGGGUGCACACGGGGGAGAAGCCCUACAAGUGCGGCGCGUGCGACAAGUGCUUCGGGCAGAAGUCAGACCUGAUCGUGCACCAGCGGGUGCACACGGGGGAGAAGCCCUACAAGUGCCUGGAGUGCAUGCGCAGCUUCACCCGCAGCGCCAACCUCAUCCGGCACCAGGCCACGCACACGCACACCUUCCGGUGCCUGGAGUACGACAAGACCUUCGGCUGCGGCUCGGACCUCAUCGUGCACCAGAGGAUCCACAUGGACGAGAAGCCACGCCAGUGGGCGGCCUGUGAGAACGGCUUCCUCCUGGGCAUGGACUUCGUGGCGCCGCAGAAAAUGAGAACUCAGACGGAGGAGCUGCGCCACAAGUACGGCGUGUGCGACAGAGGCCACCACCAGAGCCCAGCGCUCGCUCCGCAUCCAGCAGGCGGUGACAAGCCUUAUCUGUGUCGUGCGGGUGACAAAGGCCUGGAGCUCAGCCCUCCUCGGGCAGCAGACGCCUCACAAAUGUCUUGACCAGACAGAAAUGUUAAUUUGUUUUUUUGGGUUUUUUUUAACGUACAUGUUUCAGACUCAUUAAGGUGGAAAGAAAACUCUUAGGUCAAUCUCAGACUUUCCUCAGACUUCAGUGGGGACCAGAGAAUCUGCAGUCAGACGAAGUGAGAUGGUUCGCACAGAGCUGCCCUGGCAGGACCCCUUCCUCGUCACUGCAGUGAGAAACCUUACAGACGCCCUGAGUUUGGGGAAAGCGUUAGUUGAGUUCAUCCAUGAGCACCUGCAAGGGCGCUCAGGAUUCCGAGAUGAGAAACCUUACAAGGCAAUGAGUGUGAGCUUUCUGCCAGUGCGUCCCCCUCCCCGUUCUAAGGGAAUUCAUACCGAGGACUGCUGUUCCAGGUCCUCAAGGUCAGUGGUGCCCCAGGCCGUUUGCACCGCUCUCUGGACUCCAGAAAACCCACAGUGAGGAGAAAGCUCGGCAAGAGCGAAACAAACCAACAGAACUCUGACUUGGCGAUCAGUGAAGCCAGACUUGGGAAAGUUUGUAUGUUUCUCCUGAACGUGGCAAAAACAGGAGCUUGGAGCACCUUCUAGGGUUCUCAACAAAAAUGGCCUGUUCUAAGGAAAGACCUUCCAAAGUGAAUGACAAAAUUUCUAUCAGUGACCAGCUCUUGUGGUGGUACCCCAGGGAACUCGGAUAAGUUCAGACUAAUACCAAAUCUGAAAAAAAAAAAAAAAAAAAAAGAAACGCCUUGCUUGAAACGCCUACCUUAACGGGCCCCGAGAAUGUCGCCUCUGCAGAAAAAUCUGCUGUAGUGCGAGAUCAAACUGUGAACAAUGUACAUAAUAAUAGUUUGCAAAGAGCUGUGCUCAUAGGUGGCGGACCCAUAUGGUCAAGAUGGUGUUAAUAGAGUCAGGAUGGAAACAUUUUUAAAUACCCGGAAGCUUUUCCUGGGAGGAAUUUUAGGGCAAGUCAGAGUAGACCAAAUAAAUGGGUCGCUCAGGUCAAGAUGUUUUCCUUUACCUGAACCACUUAAUGAUUGCUUUACUUUCCAGUUUUUAAAUUUGGCAAUCCAAUAAAGGAAAGGACUGUAACCUUAUACUAGAGGUGUGGCAUGUGUUACUAUUGGGGAAAGGAGUGUAUCGACUUGGCCUCUGUUGAUAUUUUUUAUUCUGGGCUAGAUGGGGGUUAGUGUGUUGACAGUAGCAUGGAAACUUCUGCUUGCAGUGAGAACCAAGCAGCUAAGGAGGAGCUAUCCUGUAUCAAAACUCCCCAAAACGCCUCUGGAGCACCUGCAUCAUGAAGAGGCAUGUAUUUAGCUUGUUCCUUAGUGUGAGUUGAGGAAUACCUUCAAAAGUUUGUCUUAAAACGCCUUGCAGGUUAUCACUAGUAAUUGAGAUUUCAGCUUUAGAUACUCAACUCAGAAGUGCAAAUUCUAGUUCUUCGUUUAUCUUGUUUCCUUGAACGUAAUCCUCUCAUUUGCUCCUCACAAAUUGGUCAAGGAAAGAUAAGGUUAAAAAGCCUGAAUAGCAAAGGACACAAGAACGCAGUUAAUGGAGGGACUAGAUUGUAUUUUUAAGUAUCUUGACUCCAAAGCUGGCAUCUUUUCAUUCCACCAUCCUGUAGAUAAUAACAGAUUAGGGCCCGCAGUGCUAUGCCUUUUAUUCACUUCAGUUCUGCUAGUGAAAAUGAGGAUCCUUUUUAUUCUCAGGUGUGCAGUCACGACAGAAGGUAUAUAUAUAAUGCUGGAAAUGCAGAAGUUGGAAUACUAGAAGGGUAGUUAACUGAUUCAUCAGAGGUUUAAGGAUAAACACUUGUUUUUCAAUUUAUCCUAUUUAACAGGGUAAUAUGACUAUUAGUAACAUCCUCUAGAAAUACUAUGAUUAACCCAGGGAUUUAUAAAUGGACAUUUCUGGGAUUUUUCUCUUCCCGUAAAAGGCAAUAUGAAUAUAUGAUUCGCACAUUUGAUUUCUAGGUUAUUGGAGUAUGUUGGUGCUAGUCUGAAUCAUCUGGUUGAUCUUAGCAAAUCACUGAACCUCCGAGAAUUUGGUACUCAGACUCACAAGAGGUAACUGUGCUCAUGACCCUUCGCUUUGAUGCCAGUGGCUGGUGGGUGAUUUUAAUCAUCUUUUGGUCCAUGAAUAUAGCUCAUAAGAAGGAAUCGAUUCUAGAGUAUUUUUUUUUCUUUUCAUUUAGAAAACCACCUGGAAAUUUAUAUGAUGCAUUUCAGUAGUUUUUAUAGUUUUCAUACCAUGUUGAGUGUGACAGAACACAGUUUUCUCUUUGAAAAUCAAUGCCUGUCACUAGUGUGUUUGACUGCCGUAACUUAAAAUAGUAUUGGGUGUAUGGCACAGUGACACUGGAAAUAAGUAUGUGGCUACUUCCUACGAUAUGGGGAAAGAAACAGUUGGUACUACUGGAAGAAUGAUGAUAAAAUUAAUCUGUCUGGAAAUUGUCUCCAAUCUUAUUUUUAAUUUUUUAUUAUUGAAUCACCGUGAGAUAUAGUUACGAGUUUUCAUGUUGUCUCUGAUCUUUAAAUUGAGAAUGGUCCAUCCCUCAAACAGAGCUUAGGAUAUAAAAUAAAUGAAGACUUCCAGCAUGGAGGGAAGGUGUCAGUGUUCAGACAGCAUAGCCUGAGGUUGGCAGGCCCGCUAGGGAGCCUGUCACCAAAACUAGAAGGUCACUUCUGGGAAGGAUGGAGGUUCCCUGAAACAGUGCCAACCUAAAUCUACCUCAGGUAAGUAGAAACAAGUUGUUUUUUUUUUCCAAGAUUUCCGAACAAGAUACUUGUGUUCAAUGUAUUUCUAUGCUUUAAUGUUUUGUUUUCCCGUAAUUCUGAAUAAAUAUUUCUCUGGAAAAUUUUCA